ACUCUGCAUCACAUAAGGAGAUGCAUCUACACAAAAACUGGGUGGCAGCUAAAGAAGGAGGGAGCAUUACACAUAGUACAUGUGAUAAUGAAGACGCAAAAAGAAAAAAAAAAUUCUGGGAACUCUUGUUGCCUCAGAAAGCUGGCCGCGUCAUUUCCUUCCAAUGACAAAUGUGUGGUUUCAGUCUUUAAAAACUUUUUCAGAGUUAUGAUCAUGACCAGUUUGAAACUUUGUCUGUGAAAGGAGAAUGAAUUGUCAUGUUAGGAACAUGGUCUGCCUAUCUCAGAGAUCACAAGCAAAAUCCAGAAUAAUCUUCCCUCUCCUCAUCUUGAUUGCUGUCGAGUUAGUGCAACCAACUAUGUCAUGCAAGAAUGAAAACUGCAGCCGGCUUCUUCACAAUAGUCUCAAGCUCACUAGAUUAACCAGCAAAAAGACGGCAGAGCUCUUAGGAACCUAUAAAGCCAGUCAAGGAGACUCUACAGACCUGAUCUGUGAUAUGCAAAUGGACAAUGUUCCAGAAUCAACAAUCUCCGGCCAGACUAUAUCGGAGCGCAUCUUGAGUGUUUACACCCGCCUGAAAGAGUUUCUGCCUCACAUGCAGACAGUUAUGGAGCAGCAGAAAGACUUCAAUCCUCCAACCAACCCUGUGGCAGAGGGGCUUAACAUGAUGAUUACACAUGUUCGCCACACUGCUCUGAGAGUGAACUGUCUCUUACAAAUCCUCCAACCAAAUAUACCCAUUCCUGAGCCAGCUGAAAGGCCAACGGGAAUUCCCCCUGCACAAAAUAUUUUCCAGCAGAAGGCCUAUGGAUGCAUUGUCCUGUCUCGGCUUCAGGAGCUCCUUAGCAAAGCAGUUCAAGAACAAAAGUCUCUUAGGGGGAAAAGUCUCUUGUGCAGAAAAAGGACAAAAAAUUUCUUCUGAGACAUAAAACGAUGUUGAUGUUUUAAUAUUAAUAUUUAUUUUGGUUAAUCUAUGUUGAAAAGAUGUCCUGUGGAGUGUUUGUUUUAUGUAAUAUUUAUUAAUGUAAUUUAUUUCUGCCCUGCAUACUUUAUCCAUAUAUGUAGACAAAAAAAGUUUUUUUUUUUAACUUCCAUUUGGACUAGAAUGGAAAAUCUUAUUUGGAUGUCAUGGACUGCCAUGGUUCCUUUAUUAUUUGACAGUAAAAAAAAAAAAAAAACACUUGAUUCAGUUAUGAAGCAUCAGCUGUCAUCAGAACUGUAUACAAUAUGGCUGGAUGUGGAGCAUUUUGCCAUUCAGGAAAGAAGGCUCAAAAAAUUCUUAGCACUUACUCAGGAUUUCUUAACAGCACUCUAUGAGGUCAUGCAUGUUGUCAGAGACAAUUGUUUUGAUUAUAAAGAAAUUUGCAGUGAUAAACUGUGAUGUCACACGUUAGCCAUAUUGGCUUUUGUGGUCUGUGCUAACAUAGCAUGACCUGAAUAACCUUGUAAAUGUAUAUGUACUUUUUGAGACAGCUUUGAGUUGAGACCAUUUUAGAAGUCAGGAAGUGCAAGAGACUGAUAUCAGCCCAUAAUGACGCAUUCAUUUCACCACAUCAGAAAGGGGAAAAAACUGACUAGCUGUCUCCCCUGUCACAAGGUAUAAGUGUGUUUGUGUCCAUGUGAGUGAAUCUCAAGCCAUUUGCUUGAAAGUUUACAUUCUUUGGUUAGUAUAUUUCACUCAGCAAAGCUAUGAAUGCUUUCUAUAGCUAUCAGUUAUAAAUUAUGAAUGUAUGUAAUUAUUUUGAUACUUAUUUAUAUAAAAACUAUGUACAUUAUGUCA